AUGGGGACAAAAUUGUCUGUGUCGAUCGAGGGCACCACUAAGCCCGAAAUCGCACCGCGGGUCGAUCGUCCGCCUACGUUUGAUCCACAAGCAGGCUUUCCGAAGCCCAGAAAGGUCAGAGAGAUGAAGGUAUCCUGGGAAGAGAUGGACCAGUUUCACCUGAAACCUGGUCAACGGGAUUACUGUGCUCAUCUGUUAAUUCCUCUCAUAAAAUGCCAGAGAGCAAACGCUCCCUUCGCCGGUCACAUGUGUGAUUCUGAGCGAGGUGCAUGGGACAAAUGCGAAUACGAGGACUAUAUCAUGCGCAUCAAGGAAUUUGAACGUGAACGACGUCUUCUAAUGCGAAAACAACGCAAGGAAGCUAUGGCUGCCGCUUAG